AUGUAUUUGGCUGUGGGCAAGACAACUGCACGCGAGGUUUGGACGUCGAUUGAGAAGGCACUCGGCUCCUCCACGAGAGUCCGGUGUCUCAAUCUCCUCGGGCAGUUUCAAGCCCUCCGGCAAGGGGACAGCAUGCCAUCGGAGUACCUAGGACGUGCCCAGCUGUUGGUGGAGGAUUUUGCUCUUACCGGCCGCCCCAUGACGUUGGAUGAAUUAAAUCUCUACGUUUUUCGGGGACUACGGUCGGAGUUCCGUGCCAUGGCGGCCACUCUUGCCGUCUCAGGUAAUCCAGUUUCCAUCCCUCAGCUAGCCGACUACCUGCAGGCUCAAGCGUUCAUUCACUCCGACGAGUUCCCGUCAGGGGCAUCUACAGUGCCGAGUGGCUUUUCGUCGGCAAUGUAUGUGGGACGUGGCCGGCGACAGCAUGGUGAUGGUGGAUCCGGGGCUGGGAGACAGCAGUGCGGUGGUCAGAGUCGUGGCAACCAUCGUGGACGCGGUGGCCAUGGCCGUGGCCGAGGAGGAGCGCCGAGGUGCCAGAUUAGGCGAUCGCAAGGGCAUACUGCCGUUUACUACUACCGUCGGUAUUCGGACGCACCGUCGACACAGGUUAACGUUGCGGUCACUAGUGAUGGGAGCUCCACGCUGGACGUCAGCUCGUGGUUCCCGGAAACCGAGGCCUCGUUGCACGCCACACCGGAUGCCGGGGCGAUGACGCAAAUCGAGGAUUACAGCGAUGGUGAUGUUCUCCGCGUGGGUAAUGGCACAGGUUUGGGAAUUUCUGGUAUAGGUCAUGCGUUACUUCCGUCUGUUUCAAAAUCCCCGCGUUUAUCUAAUGUUUUGCAUGUCCCUGAAUUGUCAGUAUCAUUAUUAACUGUAAACCGUUUUGCUAAAGAUAAUAACUGUUAUUUUGAGUUUCACCCGUCAUUCUUUGUUGUGAAGGAUUGCAAAACCAAGGAUGUGCUCCUUAAAGGGCCUAGUUCAGGGGGUCUCUAUACACUAUCUGUACCGAGUCGUCCUGAAAAAGCUCAAAGAGUUGAAAUCAAUGAGAAGUUUGAUAUUCAAGCAUUAGAACGUGAUCCGGGAUUGCGACUACCAAUAUGGAAGUGUCCCAUUGAGAAGCGUGAUGAAGUUAGGAGAGCUUAUAUCAAGAAUAUUCUCCUAGUAAAGAUGCAGCAUUUUGUCUACCAUGUUAUUUGUUUCAAUGUUUCAUACUCAAGAUGGGCCUUCUGGAUUGGAUGCUUUUACUAUCAAUGGGUUUAG